UAUGGACUAAAUGGUCAAUGCUAAAAUCGAAGGUGAAUAUACAUGAGAAACGAGAUAUCGCCAAGUUCAAUGAACUAGAGGCUUUUUUGAAACGGAAGAGUAAGAGUUAUAAGCCGAAAAAGUCUGCUGUUUUAUCUCCUAAUGAUGUUAUCAGAUUUCUAAAGAACGCUCCUAAUGAAAUUCAUUUACUGCAUAAGGUUGUUUUGAUUAUGGGUUAUUUUGGAGGAUGCAGAAGUCAGGAACUUUUGAAUAUGAAGAUAUCGGAUAUAGAGGACCGGGAUUCCGUUAUGGUAGUGAACGUACCGGAAAGUAAAACUGGUGUAUCGAAGAAAUUUACAGUUGUGGAUGAAAAAGAGUUCUCUGCUUUGCCUUUAUUAAGACUUUAUAUGUCUUUACGUCCUAAAGGUAUUGAACGAUUUUUUUUGCGCUUCCAACAAAAUAAAUGUACAUCUCAGCCAAUUGGAAAAAACAUGUUUGGGAAAAUUCCCAGCAAAAUCGCAAUGUAUUUAGGAUUGCCAAACCCAUCUUCCUAUACGGGACAUUGCCUUCGUCGCACUUCUGCUACUGCUCUAGCUAAUGCAGGAGCAACUAUGACUAACUUAAAAAGACACGGAGGUUGGAAAAGUUCCACGGUGGCGGAGGGGUAUCUGGAGGAUAGCAUCGAAUUGAGAAAUAAAACGGCGCGUAUGUUGUCUACUUUGCCAUUAGAAGAGGCAGGUACCUCGACUGUAGUGAACAGAAGCUCCAGUCAUACAAAAGAAGAAAUUGUUUCCAGUGGCGGUAGUAAUUUUCAGGGAACAUUUCAAAAUUGUACAUUUAUUAUUUGUAAUGACGCAAAUAAAUAAAAUAUGGUUCAGUUUUCAUUUCAUAAAUAUAUACACAUAUAUGUAUAUUAGCAUUUUUCAUUUUAUUUUUACUUGUGAAAGGUAGAGGGAAUUAUAGAAUCUAUAAUGUCCCAAGGGAGUUAUGACUCUCUUUAUUGAUAGCGUAACUAUGACGAUAUAAGCUUAUAAUA